UAGCUAGCAAGAGUGAAUGGAACGCAUCUCCAUCGUACGGCUAAAGUCUCCCCGCCUAUGAACCCACAAGUCAAACGCUUUCCCGCCAAUUACCUAGAGAGAGUGUGCUUGGAAGGGGAAUAUGAUUAUCUUCCAUCUGAAAUCAAGAAGAAAAUGGAGAAUGCUAAAGUCAAGGAUCACACAGAAAAAGUCAAGGAAAAUAAAAAUAAAAAUACAAAAAAAAGAAAAGAAAAAGAAAAACUACCUAAAUUAGGACGAGAGAGGGAGAUUUUCAGAGAUCGAGGCAUGAUGCUGAAGAGGAGGAGAGGAAGCAAUGCAGUUCGGAGAUGGGCUCGCCCAUGAAUUCUGUCAAGAAGAAAAGAUGAGGUUCGACAAUAAUAACGAGGGGGAGGAAGAUCCUAAUGCGCUGACGAAAUUUCGGAUUUCCAAGGCGUUGAGGGAUACCCUCAAGGACAAGGGAAUCGAGUCCUUGUUUCCGAUUCAGGCCAUGACCUUCAAUACCAUUCUCGAUGGUUCUGAUUUGGUUGGUAGGGCACGCACUGGUCAGGGUAAAACAUUGGCUUUUAUGUUGCCCAUAUUGGAAUCGUUGACGAAUGGGCUUGCGAAAACAUCAUGGAUGACUGGUUAUGGAAGGCCACCAAGUGUUCUUGUGCUUUUACCCACUAGGGAGCUGGCCACUCAGGUGUUUACUGAUUUUGAGAUAUACAGCGGAUCAUUAGGGUUGAAAUGUUGCUGUCUGUAUGGUGGUUCGCCAUACCAGCCACAGCAGAUUCAGUUGAAAAGAGGUGUUGACAUCGUUGUUGGUACUCCUGGUCGCAUUAAGGAUCACAUAGAUAGACAAACGAUUGACUUGAGUGCACUAAAGUUCCGUGUACUUGAUGAGGCUGAUGAAAUGCUGAGGAUGGGUUUUGUUGAAGAUGUUGAACUUAUCUUGGGCAAGGUAGAGGAUGCAAGUAGAGUCCAAACACUUCUUUUUAGCGCUACUUUACCAGAAUGGGUGAAGCAUUACUCUCAAUCCCAGAUUUCAGCAAAAUUUCUAAAACAAGAUAAGAAAACUACUGAUCUUGUUGGAAAUGAGAAAAUGAAGGCUAGCACCAACGUGAGACAUAUUGUUCUUCCCUGCUCUGGCUCUGCCAGAUCCCAAAUUAUUCCUGAUAUUAUCCACUGCUAUAGUAGUGGAGGUCGCACUAUUAUCUUUACGGAGACAAAGGAUUCUGCUUCCACACUAGCUGGAUUACUACCUGGAGCACGUGCUUUGCACGGUGACAUACAACAGGCUACACGUGAGGUCACACUUUCUGGAUUCAGAUCCGGAAAAUUUUCAACCCUUGUGGCUACAAAUGUAGCGGCACGUGGGUUAGAUAUUGAUGACGUCCAGCUAAUUAUUCAGUGUGAACCACCUCGCGAUGUAGAGGCAUACAUUCAUCGCUCUGGAAGAACAGGAAGAGCAGGGAAAACUGGAAUUGCUGUAAUGCUUUAUGAUCCAAGGAAGUCAAACUUUUCAAAGAUAGAAAGAGAAUCUGGGGUGAAAUUUGAACAUAUGUCAGCUCCACAGCCUGCAGAUAUAGCUAAAGUUGCUGGUGCAGAAGCUGCUGAGAAAAUAGCUGAGAUAUCUGAUAGGGUCAUACCUGUAUUUAAGGAUGCUGCUGAAGAGCUAGUGAAGUCAUCUGUCCUGUCCCCAGCAGAAUUGCUAGCAAAGGCACUGGCGAAAAUAGCUGGCUAUACUGAAAUUAAGAGUAGGUCACUUCUCACUUCAAUGGAAAACUAUGUUACUGUUCUUCUUGAGUGUGGAAAGCCCAUUUACACACCUUCCUUUGUCUAUGGUGUUCUCCGAAGAUUUCUACCAGAAGAGAAAGUCGAAUCAAUCAGGGGCCUUUCGUUGACCGCUGAUGGCAAGGGUGCAGUGUUUGAUGUGGCUACUGAAGAUCUGGACCAGUUUAUUGCUGAGCCGAAAAAUCAUUCUGGGGUAAGCCUGGAGGUGGUGAAAUCAUUGCCCCGAUUGCAAGAAAGAGAGCAGGUAAGAGGAGGGGGGAGGUUUGGAGGUGGAGGUGGAGGGCGUGGUGGUGGUGGUUACCUGGAGAGACGAGAUGGUAGGUUAUCCAGUGGAAGAGGAGGCGGGAGAGGAGGAUUUCCAGAUCGGAGGAAUGAUAGAUUCGCUAGAGGCGGUGGUGGUGGUGGAAGAGGUCGUGCGAAUAACAACCGUAGAUGGUGAAGCAUUCUCCAUUUCUCUUCCAGAUCAAACAUUGCUGAAUCUGAGUAAAAUAUGGCAUGUCAGGGGCAUAUAAGUUUUGGUAAUUAUUAACAUUUUUUAAAGGAAAGUUUUGGUGAUCAUUAUCAAGAGAAUAACUUCUCUUCCCUCCAUUUAAUUUGUAGUAGUAAUACUCCCUCCGUCCCGCACUACUCGCACUUAUUUCCUUUUUGGGCGUCCCAAGUUACUUGCACUCUUUCCAUUUUUAGUAAAAAAUUCACCUAUAGCCGUCAUUUUUGACUUUCCUAUACACUCAUUCCUUAAUCUCCGAGCCGAAAAGGAAAUGAGCGAGUAGCCCGGGACGGAGGGAGUAUUUUUCAUUGUAGUAACGUAGUUAGGUCUUGCUUUUCACUUGUAUGCAAGAUUGAUAGAUACAUGACAAUCAUCUUAACUAGAAUUAAUCAUCUGUGUUUACUCAUAUCAUUCAAUAUGCAUUAUAAUCAUUACUCAUCAAUCAAUAUUCAUUUA